AAUGCUCUUGAGAAUUUUAAUUUAUUCAUGGUGAAUAAAAAAUUUCACGAGAUAUCUUUAAAAAAGUAAUGAAUAAUAAUCCAUUCAUAAUUCCUCAUUGUUCUGAAAAGUAUUUCUAUAGUCGGAAUUCUAAAAAGGUCAUUUCUCACGGUUGGUAUGAGUGAGAAAAGGAUAAAUGAUACUAGUGAAUUGAACAACAAAUAUAAAAAAUAAUAAUUAGAAAUUUUAAAUAAAUAUUUCUACUUACUUAUAUUGAAGAUUCUAACUUCAAUAAAAUAUAAAUAGAUAGAAACUUUUGUAUUAUAAAUUAUGGGAAAGUUAUAAUUUUAAUCAUUCGGGAUGAUGAACAUCAUGAGACAAAUUGUGGUUAAACUCUUGUCAAUAUUUAGUAUCUAAGGUAAAAGAUAUAUUAGAUUUAAAAAUGAGUGAUGAAAAUUUAGAAAGUAAUACAGUCAGUAGCAAUACGAAAGAUGUUGAAAAAACAGAAAAAGAUGAAUCUGUAACUUCAGAAUCAAACACAUACGACUCAAAAAAUGUUUCUUAUGAUGGUGAUAUUGCAAUAUAUACAGAUCCUGUUACUGGUAGCCAAUAUACCUGGGAUAAAGAUAAAAAUGAAUGGGUAUUAAAAAAUGAUGUUACAUAUGAUUUUGAAGAUGAUACCCACGUUUAUACAGAUGCAGAAGGCGUGAAGUAUUUUUGGGAUAAAGAAAAAAAUGCAUGGUUUCCAAAAGUAGAUGACGAUUUUAUGGCAAGAUAUCAAAUGAACUACGGUUUUGUGGAUAAUACAAAUUUAGAAGUCAAGAAGGAAGAACUUCAAAUGAAAAUAGAAGAAAAACCAAAGAAAGUUAAAGGAGAAAAAAGAAAAGCUUCCGAACCAACUUGGUUUCAAUUAGAUGAAUCACAAAAUACCAGUGUAUAUGUAUCUAAUUUACCUAUCAAUAUAACUGAAGAAGAAUUUAUAGAUUUAAUGCAAAAAUGUGGUUUGGUGAUGAGAGAUGUUCAAUCAGGGAAGUUUAAAAUAAAAUUGUACAAAGAUACAAGCACAAAAAACUUGAAAGGUGAUGCUUUAUGUACAUACAUAAAGGUGGAAUCUGUUGAUUUAUCUUUAAAAUUAUUAGAUGGUUAUGAAUUUAAGGGCAACAAAAUAAAAGUAGAAAGAGCAAAGUUUCAGAUGAAAGGUGAAUUUGAUCCUUCUCUUAAACCAAAAAUGAAGAAAAAGAAGGAUAAGUUAAAAAUAAAAAAACAACAAGAAAAACUGUUUGAUUGGCGUCCUGAAAAGAAAGCUGGAGAAAAAUCUAAGCAUGAAAGAAUAGUUAUAGUUAAGAACUUAUUUGAUCCAAAAAUAUUUGAUACAGAUGUUGGUCUAAUUUUAGAAUUCCAGCAGGAUUUAAGAGAAGAAUGUUCUAAGUUUGGAGAGGUGAGAAAAGUUCAAAUAUAUGACAGACAUCCUGAAGGAAUAGCACAAAUAAAUAUGAGUACACCUGAAGAAGCAGAUCAAAUAGUUACAAUAUUAAAUGGUAGAUGGUUCAUGAAAAGGCAACUUUCUGCUGAAAUAUGGGAUGGUAAAACUAAAUACAAAAUAGCUGAAACAGAUUGUGAGAUAAGUCAGAGAUUAGACAACUGGGAUCAAUUUUUAGAAGGUAAUGAAGACAAAAAAGAAGAAAAUAAAGUUAGUGAGAAGAAGAGUGAAAAUGAAACUGAUCAAGAUGAGGAAAAAAUAAUCUGAAAUAAAAUAUACUUUUUAGAUUGACCACUAUUUGUUAAUUUUCUUCUCGUUUUUAUUAUAACACACAAUAAUUCUGUCGCACAUUUUGAUAAACAAGUUAUACUUUUCAGUGACUGAAGGUAAACACACCUACCUUUCUCUAGAUAUAAUCCGUGUUUCUAUAACCAAGUUAUCAUCUUCAGAGGUUGAAGGUAAGGUGAUUUACCUUUACCCUCUGAGGAGGUUAAUUUGGUUAUUGAAAGCACGCUAGGGAGUAUAAUUAUGAUUGUUUCAUUGUAGUAUGAACAGUUUAUCAACUAUGAAACCUUUGACUUUGUUUUGAAGAUGAUAAACAUUUUUAAAUGUCAUCAUACAUCUAGUAGAGUGAAAUAUGGCAAGUUAGUUUGAGGUGUCCAAUAUUUUUUUAUGUAAAUAGAAAAAAUAAAAAACAAACUUAAAUAUUUAUUAAUUUAUAAAAUCGAUUACUUCUUUCUGAUUUGGAUCAAAAACUAUCAUAUUUUGUUAAGUUACACCUCACAUCAAACAAAUUUGGUAUGGCAAACCAAAGGAGUUGGAGAAAAGCAGUAGAGAGACUUCCAAUGAAAUAAAUGAGAGGAACACGCUUGGACACGUCGAUUUGUAUUUAAUAAAUGAUACAUGGUGUAUUAUGUGAGAGUGUAAACUCUCAUAUUUCAUAGGCAACCCCCCAUAUUAUUUAUUUUUUAUAUUCUUCAGAAAAUUCAACAGUUCGUUUCCUAUCUUUAACUGCUUCUGAAAUAACGUUUGUAUAGAAAUGUCUUCUACGUUACUCAUGCAUGAUUGAUCUAAUAGUAAGCAUGAUUCGUCUUUUCAAGACAUAUAAGUUACAGGGUUUAGUUUUGUAUACAGUACUUUUCAUAUAUCCCUUCAAAAAGAAAUCUAAUGGCAUCAGAUUAGGAGAUCGUGCUGACCAUUCUAUUGAUCUGCAUCUCCCUAUCUAUCGAUUUGGAAAAAUUUGGUUCAGAAACUACCGGAUAUUAAUUUGGUAAUAGGAUGGACACAUAUUUUGGAGCAGUGGUGGCGCUUUACUAAAGCGGCUUUAGUAGUAAGAAAGAAGAUUUUAAAAACUGCGUCUGACAUUAAAAGAGUAGGAUAGAAAAUUAAAUUCUCAUUUGAAAGUCACAAAUAUUUUAACAAAUCUAUUAAUAUACAAAUUCAUUCAAAAAUUGUACAUAAAAUAUAUAACUGCUAAAUUCAUAUCAUUUUCACUUGCUACACUAGUGCUAUUUUGGUGAUUCUUCGAACAAUAAUUGACAGAUGGGCACUUUUUAAACUUUUCUCUCAUAAGAGAUUCUCCCACUUAUAUCCACCCUACAUGAUACAAUCCAGAAGAACAUAUGAUCAUAGUUUAAGUAUUAUAUUAGUUACUCCAUUACAAUGUAAGCGCAAAAUCAAACGUUGUGGAAUGGACGUGCGUCACGACUAUUAUGGUACGGAGAGAGCCAAUCAGCACUUCGACGCAUCUCUUGUUACGCGAUUGUUUGGUCCACAAUGUUCGCAUGGAGCGGAUUAGAUGCGGAGCGAAAUGUGCAUCAUGAAUUUUUAGGUGAAUAAGUUAUUGAAAUAAUCUUUGGAUGAAAAUCAAUUAUAGUUAUAAUAAAAAAUUACCGCGUUUCAAUUUCUAAUCUUUGUUUUUCAAUCAAAUUAAAUAUAUUGAAAAUAUUUGUUUUAUUCUGAUUGUUUAUUUUUGUAAUAAUUUUGACCAUUCCGUUCCAAAUCCGCUAUCGUGUGAACAUAGAUGACAUAUUACGUGUGUCACGCUAACUGCGUCAAGAACAUAAAUUCAGAUAUUAUCUGGAAAAUAACAAAAUCAGAGAGAACAUGAAGUUGAAAAACUAUUGGAAGGGAAAAAUAAUAAAGAUUAAAUUGUAAAUAAUUAUAUUCAAUAACUCUAAAAAAUAUCAAUUUCAUCUAAAAACUUAUAUUAAUUACAAUACACUAAUAACACAACUAAAUACAAAUUAAACGAUGUGACGUUUGACACUUUAAUGACGCACAUGUACUGGCUCUACUAUCUACUGCGCUCUAUGCGGAAUUCAGUGACGCAUGCGUCAAGGUGCUGAUUGUUCAUUCCGCACUGUCUGAUUGAACCCUAAUAUUUUUUAUCACAGGUAUUAGAUAACAGAUAAAUGACAUAGAACUAUUAUAGUGUAAUACCGGCCUUAGGCAAUAAUUUGAACCAUAUUUAUAAGGCUUCACGAAACUUGUUUCUUUUAGUUUUCUGUACAAUUAGGCGAAGUAGAUUUAGCUGAUUUUAAAUCUAGGCUGCUUAUAUAUUAUAUCUAGCUCGUUUACGAAAUAGUUGAUUGAAUGGGUUAGGUUGAAAUUAUAUUCUAAAAUAAGUAUGUUUUUUAAUUAAUUUAUCGUACAUAGAAUAUAUUUAUC